UAACCGGGCGUCGGUGUAGGUGCUGGUGUCUUCCUGUCGCAGCGCGACCUAUUUCCUAGUGCUGAGCUCCUGAGACUAUGAAUCUCAGUGAAAGGUUUGUUUUUAUUACCGAGUGGUAUGAUCCAAAUGCUUCACUUUUUCGACGGUAUGAGCUUCUGUAUUACCCAGGAGAUGGGUCUGUGGAAAUGCAUGAUGUGAAGAAUCACCGUACCUUUCUGAAGCGGACCAAAUAUGACAGCCUCCACCUGGAAGAUCUUUUCAUAGGCAACAAAGUGAACAUCUUUUCUCGACAACUGGUGCUGGUUGAUUACGGGGAUCAGUACACAGCUCGCCAGUUGGGCAGCAGGAAAGAAAAAACGUUAGCUCUGAUUAAACCAGAUGCCAUUUCAAAAGCUGGAGAAAUCAUUGAAAUAAUAAACAAAGCUGGAUUUACCAUCACCAAACUCAAAAUGAUGAUGCUUUCAAGGAAAGAAGCAACAGAUUUUCAUAUAGACCAUCAGGCAAAGCCCUUUUUAAAUGAGCUCAUCCAGUUUAUUACAAGUGGUCCCAUUAUUGCCAUGGAGAUUUUAAGAGAUGAUGCUAUAUGUGAAUGGAAGAGACUUCUCGGACCUGCCAACUCCGGGGUGGCACGUGCAGAUGCGCCCGGAAGCAUUCGAGCCCUCUUUGGAACCGAUGGCAUAAGAAAUGCAGCUCACGGCCCCGACUCGUUUGCUUGUGCUGCCCGAGAAAUGGAGUUAUUUUUUCCUUCGAGUGGACUUUGUGGACCAUCAAACACUGCUAAAUUUACCAAUUGUACCUGUUGCAUUAUUAAGCCCCAUGCCAUCAGUGACGGACUGCUGGGAAAGAUUCUGAUGGCCAUCCGAGAUGCAGGCUUUGAGCUCUCAGCUAUGCAGAUGUUCAACAUGGAUCGAGUUAACGUUGAAGAGUUUUAUGAAGUUUACAAAGGAGUAGUGUCUGAGUAUAAUGAGAUGGUGACAGAAAUGUAUUCUGGCCCUUGCGUAGCAUUAGAGAUUCAACAAACUAACCCUGCGAAGACAUUUCGAGAAUUCUGUGGACCUGCCGACCCUGAAAUCGCCCGGCAUCUGCGUCCUGGAACCCUCCGCGCAGUCUUUGGUAAAACCAAGAUCCAGAAUGCUGUGCACUGCACCGACCUCCCAGAGGACGGGCUGCUAGAGGUCCAGUAUUUCUUCAAGAUCUUGGAUAAUUAGCAGGUAGGAAACAAAGCCGCCGCCGAGUGACGAGUGUUCAGACGAGAGCGAACCAGGCACGCGAGGAACAUGUUCAUUCUUUUAUUGUCCACUGUUUGAACCUGACCGAGUACAAGAUCAACACGAGCACUGUCGUCCGGGCGGUUAGUACACACGUGAGACAUGGAGCUGCACUGUAGACAACACUGACACCAGUCUAGGGGGUACUGCGUUGCUUCUUAUAAAGUCCAAAAUAAAGGUUUAUUUUUCAGA